AUGUACUACCUGACUUUUGACGUCGAAACAGCAUCGGUCCUUGCUGCUGGCUGCUGCCGAAAAUCGACACUAGCACGACCCCGUUUGCCUAGAGUUACAGGGCGAUCCCAGAACCCCAACCUGGCCAAAGACAAAGUCCCCAGAAUAGCUCACCACUUUAUGCCAGGGAACAUCGGAUCUCAGGACAAGGUUCGGGCGCCUCUUCACUGUUCAGUCACUCAGUCACCAGUGUGCUUUUCUUUUUGUCCGAGGCAUGCCUUUAUGUUACCUUCUCCACGGCCUCCGAGUCUGUGCCAACGAAUACUUCCGCGCUCCAAAGUUGAGGGUUCCCUGAGCAAUGCGUGGAAUGCAACCCAUGCACCAUGGCCGACUUCCAUUUCCUUCUCGAAGGACUGGAUACGGGAGAGACACUGGAGUCUGGAGACCGAGGGCUGGUCAGAUGCAGGGCCAGUGGACCGGUCCCCAUCGUCACCGCCUCGGGCCCCUAUUCACCACCGGCGGCCCCGGCCAUCGACGCCGUCUCAUCGGGGUCAUCUCCCACUUUCGCCCCUUGAGCAAGUUGAGCCCCCUUUGUGCCUAGGGAUAUUUCUGAUUUCAAGGCCCAACCAGCCUCUUGGAUCCACUAAUACGCCAAAGUGA